AUGGGGGGAGAUGCAUUUGUCAAUGGAGGGUUUAAGUCUUGGAAUAAAUUACCGGAUAGGUUCGCGAAACAUGUUGGUGGAGUUAAAAGUAUUCACAAUCUUGCUUAUGAGAAAUAUGUGAAUUUAAGAGAUGGCAAAAGGAAAUCAAUUCUUGUUUCUUUUGAUAAUGCCAAUGACUUGACUCAAAGAGAGUAUGAAAUUCGCUUGAAAGCUUCAAUUUCUUGUGUGCGUUAUCUAUUGCGACAAGGCUUGGCAUUUCGAGGACAUAGAGAAAGUGAAGAAUCCCUUAAUAGAGGAAAUUUUAUUGAACUUUUGAAAUGGUUGAAGGCACAUAAUGAAUCUAUUUCAAAGGUCACUUUAGAAAAUGCUCCAGGGAAUUGCCAAUUGAUAGCUCCAAUGAUUCAAAAAGAUAUUAUCAAUUGUUGUGCUAAAGAAACAACUAUGAGAAUAUUGGAGGAGCUUGGUGAUGAUUACUUUGCUAUAUUGGCCGAUGAGUCGAGUGAUGUGUCCCAAAAGGAACAACUAGCUCUUUGUUUGCGAUAUAUUGAAGGAAAAACAGGAAAGAUAGUGGAGCGAUUUAUUGGACUUGUUCAUGUUGGUGAUACCACAACUUUGUCUCUUAGAAGUGCAAUUAUGUCUUUACUUGUUGAACAUUCAUUGAGUCCAUCUAAGAUUCAAGGGCAAGGGUAUGAUGGGGCUAGUAACAUGAAGGGUGAGAUAAAUGGUCUCAAGACCUUAAUUAUGCAAGACACCCCAAGUGCCUACUAUGUUCAUUGUUUUGCUCAUCAACUUCAACUAACUCUUGUAGUCGUUGCUAAAAAGAACAAUGAUUGUGUUUGGCUCUUUGAUACGCUUGCAACGUUGUUGAAUGUGAUUGGAGUUUCUUGUAAAAGAAGAGAAAUGCUUCGAGAAUUUCAAGCACAAAAAAUUGCUCAAGCUUUGGAAGUUGGUGAACUUGAUACGGGAUCCGGGUUAAAUCAAGAACUUGGUUUGAAGAGGCCGGGAGAAACUCGUUGGGGCUCUCAUUACAAAACUCUUGUGAAUGUCAUGAACUUGUUUUCUACAAUUGUUAAAGUUCUUGUGAUGAUUGGGGAGAAUGGCUCUAAUUCGGAUGAUAAGGUAAAAGCUCAAGGCAUUUUGUACCCACUAGAAUCAUUUGAUUUUAUUUUCAUGGCACAACUAAUGUCUACUAUACUUGGGUACACUAAUGAUUUGUGUCUUGCUCUGCAAAGAAAGGAUCAAGAUAUUGUUGGUGCUAUGAGACUUGUCACUUUGACAAAAGUUGUAUUACAGAAAAUGAGGGAGAAUGGAUGGGAGGCUCUUUUAGAUAAAGUUACCUCAUUUUGCAAUGAUAAUGACAUUGGUGUUCCAGAUAUGGAGUCUCGAUAUAUCCCUCAAGGAAGAUCAAAGCGGUUUGCUCAACAAGUUUCAUAUAUCUUCAUCAUUUCCGAGUUGACGUGUUUCUAG